AUGAUUAAAUCUCAAAAUAACAAAGCCAUCAAUUUAACAUAAUCUAUCUUAGAAGACAGUCCAGAAUUUUGGAUUCAUAGACCUUAAACAUUAAUCCAAUUCCAACUAUCAGAUGAACUCUCUGUUGUUAAUAGGAAUCGAUUAAUCUAAAAAACAAUAUAUUUUGGAAGUUAUUAUCUAAAAUAUGGAGAUGAUGUAUGAAUGAUCUAAAUUAUAAAACAGUAAUUUCUUGAUGUUAGAAAUCUAUUUCUAGAGUUAGUUUACCAUCCAAGAACUUCUCAAUCAGGAUUUAGAUUAAGUAAAAAUGGUGAAAAACUGGAUGUAUAUGGAGAUGUUUAAAAUUGGGUUGAAGUCUUAAGAAAGUAUACAAUCUAAACAAAUCUGUAAUAAAAAUAUAAAAUAAUCAAAAAAAUCGGAGAGGGAAGCCAAUUUCAAGUAUAUAUAACUUUAUAUUUCAAUAAAAGGUUUUCAAAAUUAGAAACAAACUAAAUGGGUAAGAAAAUGCAGUCAGGAUAUAUGAUAAAUAAAAAUUACAAAAUUCUCCAAACUUGCUUGAACUUGUCAAAAGGCAAAUUAAUAUUAAAAGGUAAUUGGAUCAUAAAAAUUUAAUUCGUCUAUUAGAAACUUUUGAGAGUGUUAAUCAUCUAUAUAUUGUAGAAGAAUUAGUUGAAGGUGGAACUUUAGAAAAUAAGCUUUCAUCAACCAAUUUUAAUCAAUAAUAGAUCAUUCUCAUUAUAAAAUAAACCUUAAAUGGAUUAUAAGAGAUGCAUAAAAAAGGAUUGAUACAUGGUGAUGUCAAUCUAAAAGCCAUAGGUUUUAAGAGCGAAUAAGACUUAGAUUCAUUAUGUUUAUUACAUUAUUCUAAAGUAAUGUCAAUUAAUGCAGCCAGAAACUCAACCAAAAAAAUGAUAAGUUAAAGAACUUCUUUAAAACAUGAUAAAACACAUAUUUCUGAUCUAUAAUAAUUAGGUAUUAUUUUAAUAAGAUUACUUACUGGAUAUUAAUUCAAUCAAUUUAAUUUGCCUAAUCAAAUGGAUGAUAUUAAAAGCAUUUUAAAUUUCUAAUAAAUUAGUAAGGAAUUAGAGGUUUUACUUUAGUAAUUACUUUUAAUUGAUUUUGAAUUGUAACUAAGCGAUACAAAUACUCCUUUAGAAGUGUUAAAAAAUGAUAUAUUCAAGAAAUAAAUAGAGCCAUCUAAUUUUAUUCUUAAAUAUUCAACUUUAAAUGAAAUAAGAAGAUAAAGUUUAUAAAGUGAUAGUGAAGAUGAAUCAAUGGAAAUUCGUUCUAGAGUUAAUACAUUACCAAACAUCUAAGAAAGAAAAAGCGACUCAAGAAGUUUAUCAAAAAGAGUGAAAAAUAUUGUGUAACCAUUGAAAAUAUCUAAAUUUAAUAAAAUUGAUUAGGUUGCUAAUCCCCCUUCAUAAAAUUCAUAAAGAAGACCAAGUAAUCUUUAUUAACUUCCAAAACUGAAUCUUAUGCCCAAGAUCAAGUAAAAAGUAUAGUGA